AUCAACAGCACAAUUUUGCAGGCAUUGAACUACCAGGCAGAUAAAAUGGCUUCUCAAACUUGCUACCAUGUUCGCUCUAACAGCCUUCCUUCUAGAUCACACCCUCUUGCUUCAGACAUUGAUGAACAUCUCAGCAGGUUGAGGUCUUCUGAAGCAGCCUCUACAUCAUCAUCCAUCAGCCAUAAACUAAAUGACCUUCAGGAUUUGCAUGAUUGUGUUGAUGAUUCUCUUCAGCUGCCAUUCACCCAAGAAGUUUUAUCCCAACAGAAAAAUUGGAAAUGGGUUGAUGAGUUGUUGGAUGGGUCUCUUCAGAUCUUGGAUCUCUAUAGCUCUGCCAAGGAUUUUGUGGUGCAAGCAAAGGAAAACUCACAUGAUUUGCAAUCAGUUUUGUGUAGAAGAUGCGGUGGUGAAGUAGAGAUUGCAGCUGGGAUGAAGAAAUACUUGACCUCCAAGAAAGCUGUAAAAAAGGCCAUCAACAAGGCCUUGGCUAAAUUGAAGACUAUGGAAGCUAAAUGCACUUCCUCUUCUUUGCAUGACAAUGAGACCAAGGGCAUCGUUGGCAUGUUAAAACAAGUUGAAGCAGUCACUAUUUCUGUCUUUGGAUCUUUGUUGUCCUUGAUCUAUGGGACAAAAGGUCAAUUAGAGGCUAAGAGCCAGUCUUUGUUUUCCAAGCUGAUUAAUCCCAAAAGAAUUGCAUGCAAUGAACAAGAGAGGAACCGUAAGGAAUUUGAAAAGGUGGAUGCUACUGCCAAGAUAAUCAAAUCUGAAAAUGUGAUUCAUAAGGAGAUGCAAUCCCAGCUAAUAGACUUGGUAGCAUGCAUUCAAGGUCUCGAAGAAGGACUUGACUGCUUGUCUAGGCAUUUGAUCAAAACAAGAGUUUCCCUUCUCAACAUCCUCAACCCCUAGAUCAAAAAAGAAAAAAAAUAUAUAUCAGAGUUUUGUUUAUUUGUAAUGUAAAUGAUUGAAAUAGACACGUAUUUGAAUAAAAAAUACAUAUUCAG